UUCAGGUAAUAUUAGUUAGGAAUGUUUGGCUCAAAUGGUAAAAAGCGUAGUUCUCUCUCAAUUGUUUGAGAAUACUGCAUCAAAAAAGUGAAUUUCAGUUGUGUUCAAGCAUCAAUGUGAUUCCCCCUCAAAGACAGUAACGCAAAAUAUCGUUUGUCCUGGGCCUCACUUUGCAAGGCUAAUUGGCUAUUAAGAGAAAGCAUAAAUUGAUGACUGAUUGACCAAUCCAAUUGACUGUAAGAUCAAACAAGCCGCCCCCACCCCAGUUCUAGUUUGGAAUGGUGGUUGAUGUUUGUAAUGCCGACAACAUAUUCUCUUUCUGUCGUAUGCCACAUUUAACAUGCACUAUUUCACAACGAAAUUCAUCACUCUCAAAUUCUGUUUAGCAAAUUGGAACUUGGAAGGACUCUGAGUAAACGCUGCUUUUGCUUUGUUGCGUUAGGUCUCUAAAACUAUCAUGUUAUCCAAGAACAUAAUAAGCUGCCAAUUUCUUGUGCAUUUGCUGCCGCUGCUGCUGUUACUUCUUUCCAAACAUGCAGACUCAGCUGGCUCCAUUGUUGAGACUCUACCAGGCUAUCCUGGAAACCUGCCGUUCAAGCUAGAAACAGGGUACAUUAGAGUGAAUGAAUCCGAGCUGUUCUAUCUGUUCGUGGAAUCGGAAGGAAAGCCUAGACAGGAUCCCCUUAUGCUUUAUUUGAAUGGUGGCCCUGGCUGUUCCGCUUUAACUGGAUUCUUUUUCCAAACAGGUCCACUAUCCUUCAAUACAACUGACUACUCCGGGGGCUUGCCAACUUUACUGCUUUACCCACACACAUGGACAAAGAGUGCUAGUAUAAUAUUUGUAGAUGAACCAGUUGGAACUGGAUUCUCCUACUCCCAAAACUCUGAAGAUUACUAUAUAUCAGAUACAGGAUCAGCUCACCAACUUCACUUGUUUAUCAGAAAGUGGCUGAAGGAAUAUCCAAAAUUUAUCAAUAACCCGUUCUUCAUUGCUAGUGAUUCAUACUCUGGCAUAAUUGCACCAAUUGUGGCACAAGAAAUUUUUGAUGGUAAUGAAGGUGGAAUGUAUCCAUAUAUAAAUCUAUUAGGAAUCGUUAGUGGAUCCCCACAUACAGAUUCAAAGCUCGAAGAUAACUCGAAAAUACCCUUUGCUUGUGAUAUGGCCCUCAUAUCAGAUAGCCUUUAUGAGGCAGUGAAAAGGGACUGCAAUGGGAAUUAUAUAGAUGUGGAUGUCUCCAAUACCGCAUGUGUAGAAGAUCUUCUUGCUAUCAACAAGUGUGUAGACGAUAUUAAUAACCAAGAUAUACUCCUGCCCAAAUGUGAUCUUGCGUUACCUUAUUCAAAUGAUGAACAACGCCGAAGAUCUCUCAGAGAAGCAUCAAGAAAACUUCCCAUUCCAAACUCAAAAACUCAGGAUUACUUUUGCAAGAAUUUUGAGUACAUACUGUCUUACAUAUGGGCCAACAAUGAGACUGUUCAAGAAGCUCUUCAUGUUCGAAAGGGAACUGUGAAACAAUGGUAUCGAUGUAACCUUACCUUGGCACAUGAGACCUACAUUUACAGCGUUGCCAGUGCAAUAGACUAUCAAAGAAAUCUAACAGAGAGAAGCAUGAAAGUUCUACUUUACAGUGGUGAUCAUGAUAUGGUUGUUCCACAUAUUUCUACUGAAGAAUGGAUAAGCACGCUCAAGUUGACCUUAGACAUCGAUUGGCGACCGUGGUUUGUUAAUGGUCAAGUUGCAGGGUACACGAUGAAAUAUAGUAAAAAUAGAUAUGAAUUGACUUAUGCUACUUUGAAGGGAGCAGGUCAUUCUCCAACCGAGUACAAAGGUAAGGAAUGUUACAACAUGUUUGAAAGGUGGAUCCAUCGAUAUCCUUUGUAAUCAAUAACUAUUUUAGCAUUUGGCACAGACUUAAUCUGAUGCUGCAGUAGCACUGCACCGUUUAUAUAGCUAAAUAAGCCAUUUUUUGCUAUGUUGAUUUGUGAGAAAUGUUCUUUAGAACAGGAAUAUAUGUUUUAAAGUUAUAAUGUUGUCUCCUUUCAUAUGUAAAUUUAAGUAUCAGCUCAUAACUCAAAUUUAAAAAAGUAAGAAAAACAUAGAAUAACUAAGAUAAGCAAGAAAUAUAAUGUAUAUAAAUCCACAUAUAGGAACAUAUCUCAAAGUACAAUAAAUAGGAACUGCCAUUUGCACACAGUAAUAAAGCAUCAUCAAAUGAAACAAAGACAAAAAGGUAUACUCAUUUUGAAUAAGAGAACAAACAAUACGAGUGAUCCGUGAUCUAUCAGGCAACUGAAUUGAAGGGACGUUUCA